GCUUUGAGUCAGAGUUGCAUUUGUCCUCAGUGACAGCCACAGCAGUUAGAGGAAGUGUUACACAGAGCGCAGCUCUCACUCUGACUCUCUGGGCAGCACAAGUUUUUAUACAUGUGCCAUAUGAUGUAGCCCAUUAAUAUUCUCCCAAGGACGAAAGCAGUCACAGUGGUGAUUAUUUCCUUUUACCUCAUUAUGUAAGGACCAAGCUACAAUAUGGCAUCCUGGAGAAAUUCUACCAGUAUUAAUAUUGUGGACUCAGCAGCUGAAUAUGCUGCAAUCGAAUCUGAAGUCUACCGUAGCCUGCUAACCAUUAUGAGAGAAAUGGACACUGAGCAACCAGUUGUCAACAAAGGAAUGCUGAGAUGGACAUUACAUAAGAAAGUGCAGACCAGUUCUCUCAGGAGUCUGGCUCUCGUGAGGGUGGCCAUCAAGGAACUAGAAAGAGCUGAAAGAAUUGACUGCAAGAGACAUCUCAUUCCUCUGAUUAAUACACUCAUCUAUGCUGUGAUGCAGACAUUAUACAUUCCUGAUGACCUCUAUAAAAGAGUUUAUGACUUCUGCAAGAGGUUGUUGACUCUGCCUCAGCCGUACUGUACUGUGGGCCUCAGUUAUGCUGGGCAAAUGAAAGCAGAACGAUUGGCUCCAGGGCUUUUGUAUCAGAAAAGAAUACUUGCAGAGCACAAUCUAAAAAAUGAACACUAUCCCCAGCAGGAGAGGGUGUUUGUGUUUGCGGAUCCUGCAGUGUUUUCCGAGUCUCUCAGCAACGUUUUAAAGGCUGAUAUUGAGGCUCAAGGAAUGUUCCGGAACCCGUUGAGCAUAAUGCGCUGUGUAGUGCAGCACAGUAUUCAGGCAAUACUGGGAGACGAUUGUCACGGACCCUCUCUAAAUGAUGCGCUGCAGGACUUGGACCAGGACGUGGAGUCAUACUUCAGUGAAGUGCUUGCAACAGUAGAACAGAGCACAGAAGGGAACAGAGGUGAACAGGGUCAGAUCAGACAGAAACUACAAGAGUUAUACUCACAGAUCCUCUGUGACUCCAACAAAGGUCUAUUGUCCAGAGGCUCUUUGUGCGAUGUUCCACUUCCCAAUCCGGAGAUGAGUUUCCAUCUGUGGUGGGAGGAGGAGGAGCUCUGGAGAGAACUGGCCAAAUUCAUCCGUUCCGGAUCCUACUGUGAAAACUCUCUCAGCCCAGAUGAGUUUUACAUGUCGGACCUCCACACAGAGCUCAACUCAGAGAUGCCACGGCACUCUGUCAUGUCGACGGACAGCGGUAUAGAGCGUGACAUGCAGGGAAUCGAGGCUUCUGACAUGGAAUUUAUUGGAGGAAAAAGCUUAAAGUCUGAACAUACCAGUGGGCGACUCUCGCGGCGAGGAGGAAUCAAGGUGAAGCCAUCGGUCACUGACAGCAUGGCUCUGAUGCAGGACGCACUGGAGGAGACAGGCACAGCUGGCAGCAGUGGCACACUGCAGAGGAGAGCAGGAAACAGUGGGACCACCCUGCCCAAGGAAGAACGGGACUACACUGCUAAAAUAGUGGUGAUGGGAGAUGAUCGGGCAGUGGGAAGGCUAGCCAGAGCGUACUACUGGUUUAGGAAACGGGAAACCAGAAGGCGGUUUCUUACUAUGAAAGUCAACCUACAGAUGUACUACAUCCCUGUUGGUCGGCAGUCGUCUGCAUCCUCCCCUGUAAAGGAGACGGUGCCCUCUUCUAGCAGUAACUUCUGUGCUCUUGGCUCUUAUCUCGGAAUGGUGGAUCCGUGGUACGAAUGCAAUGUCUGUAGUCUUGGACAGAUGAUUCCUGAUCUUGCAAGAACGUCCAACAGUGGUAAACCACAAGAAUCUGACCUUUUCUUAGCUGACAUCGUCUCAUACUACGUGCGCAUGGGACAGCAGCCAGUGUACUUCAACAUUUACUACAUCAAGAUUUACUUUUCCAACAAGUCCAAAGAAGCUGUGGAAGAAGUUUUUGUCACAGACCUGGAAGUGGAUUUUCCAGACUUCAGAUUGGCCCAAGUAGCACAAAAAGACACUGUCAAACAGAAGAAGAUGCCUGCCGAGCUGUGUGGGGCCCUGAUCUCCUUUAGCUACUUAAAAGUGUCUCUAAGCAAUAGGGAGGUUGAAAAAGGGUUCUCACUCAGAACCACUGGUGCCCAGAUUUCAGCAAUACCAGAAAACAAAACUGAAGAUCUCAACUGUCUCAUAGUCACUUUCAAUGACGCAAAACCAAAGAGUAACAUGGAGACAAAGAUCAGAACAUGCAAUUUUAAAUUGAAGACGCCAGACAAAUCAACUUUCACGGUGCGUUUGGACAAAGACUUUCGAAGGAAAUUUAUGAACGUUGAAAGCAUUGAGGUCUCUCCUUGUCGAGACCCUGGAUAUUAUAUUCAAAAAUCCUUAAAGUCAAAGUUCAUGGCAGAAGACAACAGCGAUGCUGGACUGAGCAAAUACAUGAGUAAAGGAUUGCCUUUGCCCAUUAACACAUUUGCGGGAAUAAUCGACUAAAUGAACAAAGAUCAGGACAGAGAGCUUGCUUUCAAUAUAAAGGCCAGUUCUGGACUCUUGCAAUAUGUGUAUUGUGUUUUAAACAAUGCACUGUUCAGUAGUGUCUGUAUGUGAUCAAAUGGUCAGCUAAGACACUUCACCAAGCAGGUUUUACUGCAUUAUAUACUUUCAUUUGUGAAUCACAAGUUGAUCAAUCCAGGAAGUAUUUUAAUCUGUAACACAGCUAACUCACUAACACUAAUCCACUCAUGGUAUUGAGUUUCUCAAAGACUUAUGAUUUACUUGAACUUGUUUUACCUUGUUCUCUGCUUUAACAAUCAACCUGUUCCUUAAUACAUAAAAAUGAAGUGUAUGUGCAAGACAGAAUUGUCCACACAAGCCUUGGCAAGUCUUUCAUCAUGAUUUUCCACCAGAAAAAUAAUGGUUUAUUACAAAUGCAGGAAUAGUGGUUAGUCUGCACACCGUAUGCCAUUUGACCAAGUGUUUCAGAGAAACUGACAUUAUCUUAAUAGACCCUAUGAUUUGCACUUCUUUGAUACAUAUUUGAUAAACAUAUACAUGUUUACAUUUGGAGUGUUUCAUGAGAAUGACAUCAAAAAUACUAUGUUUAAAAUUAAAAAGCGUAAUGGAUAUCAGUUUUUCUUACUGUCUAUGGAACUGAUGUGUAGAACAGCACUAUUGUUACGCAAAUGGUUCAAUCUUUGAAAGGUUGUGUUGUGCAUUAAGCUGGUCAUGAGUGAAAAGCUUUCUUUCUCAACAAUUGUCAUGGUGCAAAAUAGUAUUCCUCACAUGAUUCUCUGUACAGUAUUUUUUUUUUUUUUUUGUCUUCCCAUUCUUCUAGUUUCCAUUUCUUUUGAAGAACAAAUGUAUAAUCUCAAUAAUAUAACUAGCCAACCUACUUGAGCUCUACUUCUUUAUUUUUUUGGCAUUCAUUCAUGCCAAACGUUUGCACAGUUAUUGAUUUGACCUCUGGUUUUGUAAAUAUUAUUCGAUUUUUUUUUUUAAAUGUUAUGUUAAAAAUAAAUGUAGCAUUUUCAAAUUACUGGGGGGAAAAAAUGCAAAAACUGCUAUAAGCUUGAAUCCAGAUUUAUUCGCACAGUAGCCUAUGGAUGUAGGCUAUAAAACUUUUACGACAAAGAAAAUGGAAAAAAAAAAAAAAAAAAAAAAUAUAUAUAUAUAUAUAUAUAUAUAUAUAUAAAGAAGAACAACACUUAGUUAUUACGACACUGCAUAAAACUUUAAAAGAAUCCUGACGGCACAAAUGUAUUGUUGUCGUUAUUGUUGUUGUUCUUCGAAAGACCAUAAGAUGUCGCCAAGGAGUCAGGAACAGCAGUGCAACAGCUGUAGGUGCGUGAUGAUGUCUAGUAAUCCUCUGCCUCCUAUUUUCCUCAGUAACGAGAACCGCUGGAUCUGCGGGGUUAUUUUAGCGUGCUCUCUUGUUUUGCAUAUCUCAACUCAAUUCAGGAUUUCUUCAUAUUUUCGUAUAAGAUAAGGCUUCAGUGACGUGUAAUGGAUGAAAAGCGCAGAGCAUCCUGUCAGUAUGGAUCCCUGGAAUACACGAAAUGGAAAACAGAUGUGGACCAAACAGGUAUCCCCUCACCUGUCAUUGUAUCAAAACCUGUCAGAACACUUGCAUUUUCUUGUCCUUUGGACUUUGUGUAGAUUGAAUGCCACAGGUGGAACUUCAGUUCAUGUAGAGAUUGAGUUCAGGUUGAAAGAGAUGUUAUGCUGAAGUAUCAUAGCCACUAAUAACUUAAAUGUUCUAAAUUUAUCUUUGGAGAUUUUGUGUAGGUUGCAUGCUGUUAUGGUAUUAUGCUAUUUGGAAUCACAGUCACAAAGGGAGAUGUAUAAAUGGGGAUUCAGGAUAGAAGAACUGUUGUGGGAGUUGACAGUAUCAUAUUGGCUUCAUUACAUUUGCUAAAAUGUGUGUACCCCCUCUGCUCUUCUAGCACAGGGCAGUGAACCUUCUUCUGUCUCCCAGAAGCUUUGUUACUGACCCUAACUAAUAGAGUUUUGCUAAAUAAUCUUAAUAUGGAGAUCAUCAAGGUAAAGCAACUGUGGUCUACUCAAACAAGCAAUUCCAUUUUUUUUCAACUGUACACUUUAAAAAAGGUUUGAAAAUUUCUACAAAAAAAAAAAGACUAUAAAAUGCUACAGUAAAUACCUGUUAAAUUGUUAACAGUGUUACCUUUACCAUAAACAAUCAUAUAUAUACACCAUAUACCUUACCAUAUAUGUUACCAUGAUGAGAACUUGUAAAUGUUUUGACAUUGCAUGAUGUAAAUGUACUGUAAAAAUACUGUCAAAUGUAUGCUUUUUUGAAGUAAGAACUAUGAAUGACCAUAUGGUUUAUGAAGAAAAACAUAAAACUUGAACUUGA